AUGAUUCGGCGUAGCUUCAUUCAAAUUCUAUUCUAUCUAACAGUAUUAUUCCGUUCCACUUGGAGCUCUUUCCCGGGUGGAAACUGCAUAGAACCAUGUAUUGCUGAGAUGCAACAGUCACUCGAAGCAACUCCACUGCUGCAGAGCGAACAGUUGGGACAGUUGAGUCUGAGUUCUCUGGUUUCCACGUCUUCUAAUAAAGAGUUAACGGAGAGAAGCUUCUACGAUAUAUGCCAAGCCUAUACACGUGUCGAUUUGUGCCUUCACUCAUGCGAAAAGGUGUCGCAACACUCGGCAAGCAUUCGAAAAACCUACGCAGGCAUACGAUUCAUUUGUGUGGAGCAUCGAGAAGAAUUCUUCCGGUCACUGCCAUGCCUUGCUGAACACGAGAAAAUUGCACUUCAACAAUGCCGUCCUCAAAUUAAUGCUUCUUUGGCUGCUAGCAAUAGGUUCUCGGUAACAGUUCUUCGAAAAGAGCAUCACAAUUUGAGAACUCAUUUUGAGACUCUUUGCAAAAAACUUGGUUCCAUGAUAGAAUGUGUGGAACCUGUAACUAGGGCAGGAUGUGGAGAUCAAGCGGCAAAGAUGAUGCUACGAUUCAUAACAGUUGGAUUUUCUAGUUUCGAGCAGCUCUACUCCCAACUUGGAAUAUCUGACCAGCUUCCAGCCGCUUGCAAAUCCCUGCUAUCUCUUCAGAAGCGUACGAUUCUUCCAGAACGGCGACACUAUGUUCUACCACACGCCUCUUCUGAAUACAGUGUGCAUAGCUCCCGUUCAGAGAGCUUGUUCAACGUAUUUUCAAUAUUCUCAAUUCUUCUUUUGAAUCUCUGA